GAAGGACCACAGAGCCAACUUGUCGUGACAGCGGUGCUCCUGAGCAUUUCUGGAGCCGAAGCUCUCCUCACAGAGGGAAGGACAGAGCAGGCAGCAGGCGGCAUGGAGCCCCCCUCGGCCCUUCCCCGAGGAGGGCGUGUUCCCUGGCAGGAGCUCCUGCUGGCAGUCUCACUCCUAACCUUCUGGAACCCUCCCACCACUGCCCAAGUCACUGUUGAAUCGGUGCCGCCCAAUGCUGCCGAAGGGAAGGACGUUCUUCUGCGUGUCCACAAUCUGCCUGCCAAUCUUAUAGGCUAUGGUUGGUUCAAAGGGACAACUAUAGAUCCCCAUAGGGAAAUUGUAUCAUAUGCACCAGACUCACAAGAAAUUAACCCAGGGUAUGCACACAGUGGCAGAGAGACAUUAUAUCUCAAUGGAUCCCUGCUGUUCCAGAACAUCAACCUGAAGGACACAGGAUACUACACCCUACAAAUCAUAAAGAGGAAUGUUCAAGUUGAAAGAGUAACUGGACAGCUCCGUGUAUAUCCGGAGUUACCCAAACCCAACAUCACAAGCAACAACUCGGACCCCGUGGAGAACGUGGAUUCUGUAGUAUUAACGUGUGAACCUCAGACUCAGAACACAAGCUACCUGUGGUCAGUAAACAGUAAGAGCCUCCCGGACAGCGCCAGGCUGGAGCUGUCCCUGGACAACAGGACUCUCACUUUACAUGGUGUCACAAGGAAUGACACAGGACCUUAUGAGUGUGAAACCUGGAACCCAGUCAGUGCUGGUCAUAGUGACCCAUUCACCCUGAAUGUUCUCUAUGGCCCGGAUGCCCCCACCAUUUCCCCCUCAGACUCCUAUUACCGUCCAGGGGCAAACCUCAGCCUCUCCUGCCACUCAGCCUCUAACCCGCCUGCACAGUAUUCUUGGCUUAUCAAUGGGAGCCCCCAGCCAUCCUCACAGGAGCUCUUUAUCCCCAACAUCACUGUGAAUGAUAGUGGAUCCUAUACCUGCCUCGUUUAUAACCCUGGCACUCGCCUCAAUAAGUUCACGGUCAAGACUAUCACAGUCUCUGAGCCAGUGUCCCGGCCCUCCAUCAACAUCAGCAACACCACAGCCACAGAACAUAAGGACUCUGUGGUCCUGACCUGCUCUACAAAUAACACAGGGGUCUCCAUCUGGUGGUUUUUCAAUAACCAGAGUCUAAAGCUCUUGGAAAGGAUGAAGCUGUCCCCGGACAACAGCACCCUCACCGUAGACCCUGUCAGGAGGGAAGAUGCCGGGGAUUAUCAGUGUGAGGUCUCCAACCGGGCCAGUUCCAACAGAAGUGACCCCAUCAGGCUGGCUGUGAGCUAUGGAAGAAGCCCCACGGGCCUCCCUGUGGGGACCAGUGUUGGCAUUGCAAUUGGGGUCCUGGUUGGGGUGGCACUCGUGGCCGCCCUGGGGUAUCUCCUGCUCCGUGUGAAGGCGGGAAGGGCCAGUGGCCAACGUAAUCACAGAGAGAUGGGGCGCCCAGCCUUCACCCCUGGUCAUGGUCCAGUCAGCAGCUCCACAUCCCCGAGCGCCCUACCCAGCCCGAGGACAGCCGUUCCCAUCUACCAGGAGUUACAACACCCUGACAGGAACAUUUACUGCCAGAUCAACUACAAAGGACAAGUGUCUUCUUAGUUUCCUCUUCCCCUAGGAGCUACUCCUUCCAGGGGCCUUCCUGAGACCCCAGACCCUGGGUGGGGUCAGGUGCCCCCACCUGAGCCAGAGAACCAGCUCUAAGCCCAGAGGAUAUUCAGGGACAUGGACCCAGGGUCCGGGCCUUCCUGAUUUCUGGAAGCCCUGACAGGCUGCCACGAACCCCGGAUGGGCCAGGACAAAGGCACCCAUGUCCCAGGAAGUGGGGUUUCCCAGGGAAAGUAUCCCGGGCCCUGACCCACCAGGGACAGCAUGAGGGGAUCUGAUUAAAGAGGACUCUUCCCCCUCCUUGGCCCUUUUUUGGUGAAUGGUGAUUUCUCUGAGCAGAAAUUCACCUGAACCUCUGGGGCCCUUCUCUCCUGGGUCACACAGGGAAAUGUUCCCUCUGAGUUCACCAAGCCCCCACCUUAGUCCCCUGAGAUAGAGGAGGGGCGAGGGGUGUUGACAUGCUGGGACCACGUUAACUCGAAAAGGAGAGAUCACCAGAGCUGUGGCCAAACUAUGACAGCACUCAGCGGUCCUCACCCUGCUCAGGGACCAAGGCUGGAGACAUCUCCAGUGUCUGCACAUGUGCACGGGGUUCUCAGGAGCACAGAACAUGGGGCCUCUGAUGACCACACGAGGAGGAGCUUGGAAGGAGCAGCCAUGGGCAGGCACACAUCCCAGGUGGGACCCCUUCAUAGCCUUUUGGUGUCCUGAGCCCUUUGGUCCUCCUCACCCAUCCCCGGUGGCCCUGACUGGUGGCCUUCACCAAUAAACUUGCCCUGUCCCCAAAUCCAGGAUCCAGGGCACUGA